AUGUACUGCGCUAGCAUACCUAGCUACUCUGAGCUAGUGAGCAUGUUCAUGAGGGCCGAGCAGGACGGGGACAGGCAGUCCCGUAUGCGAGCACUGAUGGCUCCUAUGCAGCGACCUGAGAUUCAGAGCAGACCAUUCCUCGGGAAGAGGCCGCGGGCAGAUUCACCGCCAAGACUGAUGGCUCCACCUGCCCUUGUGAGGCGACCUAGUGUGUGGUGUGCCUAUUGUAAGAGGCCAGGCCAUACGGAGGUAACUUGCUUCACUAGGAUGAGGGAUAGCAUCUUCUCACCACCCCAGAGGAUCAACUGCCAGCUUCCCCAGACUAUAUCACCACCACCUCUACGCUCGGCACCAGCUCAUUCAUCCUUCCGGCCACCCAAUGUUGACGGCCUGGUACUUAAAGACACGCUAGUGGUUCGAGAGUUUGAGGAUGUGUUCAGUAAGAUACCUGGACUAUCUCCUCGGCGCAAGAUCGACUUCACUAUCGACCUUAUGCCCGAUGCGACACCAAUAUCUCUUCCGACGUAUCACAUGGCUCCAUGUGAGAUGGAGGAACUGAGGAAACAAUCGACGAUUUGUUCAACCCGAUAUGAUGAAGCUCUACUAGAUUUGGCAGUGCAAGCACCAGAACAGGUGGUGGAUUCACUUGCUCGGGUGCCUGAGGCACUUGCACCUCUUCCUCUUGAGCAAGAGGAAGUAAAUGCUGUAAUGCGUGAAAUUAGAAUUUUAGGAACAUUUGAUCAUAAAAAUGUGAUUCCUUUGAAGGAGAUUUUAACAUCUUCAGAUUUUCUUCAAGACAUUGACAAGGACGAGCAAGGAAAUCCAGUUGGCUACCACUACACUGGUAGAAUCUACUUGGUUCUUGAGUACAUGGACCAUACUUUGGAAGGUCUUUUAAGUCAUAGAGAUGCGCCAUUUCCAGCUGCACAUGUCAAGAUAUUGGAUGGGCUCUGCUAUUGUCAUGCUAAUCGAGUGCUUCAUCGUGACAUCAAAGAUUUUAGCCUUUCACGCUGGUGCCCCAGUGAUGACAGCAAUGAACCAAACAAGGACAACACCAAACUUACAUUAGAGGUUACUUCUUUGUGGUAUAGGCCUCCAGAAUUGCUUCUUCAAACCAAGGAGGAUCGUGAUUAUGGCACUUCUAUUGACAUAUGGUCUGUUGGCUGUGUUUUUACAAAGCUGCUUGGACAACAAGUCAUGGAAGGGGAAAACAAGGCAGGCUUCUAUAUCCCAAAUCCUUAA